AUGUCCCACAAGCCAUACCGUGCCCAACAUCACUUUCCUCGACACAAAAGCCUUGUAAGUAUCUCACGAACGACCCAAGCUCCUCCCCUCCCAUCAGUCCAUUCCCUCUCACACAUAUACCUACCGCAUCAACAACCACCACUGAAAUACCUCGACAGCGCGCCCCUACUCAUCGAUACCGAGACAAACAAACCCUCCUUCCCCAUCCCAGGCAGCGAUCCGCCCUUGAAACUCAUCUUCGACACGGGCAGCCGUACCGUCCUCCCUCAAGCCCAAGCCGACCAGAUCCUCGAUAGCGCAGCCACAGAGAUCCUAGAGACUCACUUUCCCUUCGAGAGCGGCGACCUCGUACCUGAGUGCGCAACAGUCUUCACAGCGGCUGGGGUAGAGGGUUUUUCGCUGUGGAUGUGGAAGCGGUCGACUUCUCAGCAGAGGUUUACGUGGAAUGUGGCCCUCCAGGCUAUCAGGGGCUAUAAGGUCUAUAUUGAUGGUGUUGGACGCCGGGAGGCAGAUGUUGUGCCGUUGAAGGCUGUGAGAAUAUACGUAGAUGAUCCUGCGGCUGGGGAUGGGAGUGGGAGGUUUCUGUAUGGCUUCAUACAAUUCUCGGAUUGA